GCAAGCCAAUCUCUGAUACACGUCUGCUGUUUAACAGCAUUCCCUGACAGCUCCGCGCCCUGAUAGCCACAGUCAUGACGUUGUGGAUUGGACUUGGGAUACCCAUGUGGCUAAUGGUGGUCCUGGUGUCAGCAGAUGGAUCAUCACUUCAUUGCCACCUCUGCAGUUGUUUUGAAACAAAGGAUGAAGUCAUUGCAGAUUGUUCAAACAGAUCCUUACCAUCAGUUCCCGGUCACCUCCCGAACAAUAUCACAGAGCUGAGUCUGAGUCAUAACAAAAUGACAAAUAUUGGUAAACAACUGAAGAAGUAUACCUCUUUAAAACGCCUGGAUGUGUCAUUCAACAAACUCAACAUGCUUAGGAGAAACGAUUUUGUUGGGCUAACAGAGUUAAACGUUCUGGUACUUAGCCAUAAUCAUCUAUCCUUGUGCAAAAGUGUUUAUCCAAAAGGACUGUUCCGGUUCCAAAAGAAACUGAAGGUUCUGAAAAUGGAAAAUAAUUCUCCGGUAGAAUUUGAAGGACAAGCUGAUAAUUCACAAGCAGAAAUGUAUUUACUCCAAUACCCAGAUGAAACUUUCCAGGAUCUGGUUUCCCUUGAGGAACUUCACAUAGAUGGGCUGAAGAAUCCAAUUUUUGGACAAGGAUUUAACGACACCAACGUCACGACACUGACGAUUGGAGGAAACUGCAACAUGAGGGACUUGUCGAAUGAAACAUUCCGCUAUUUAAAGAGAAUAACACACUUAGACAUUACAAAUUGUGAAAUAACUGAUAUUGGUCAAUAUACAUUUGAGCCUCUCCAAAACAUUCACAUGUUAGACAUAUCCCGAAAUUCCGAUCUUGGAUUUGACAAGGCUUCUGCGAGUUUGUACGGUCUUCGUACUUCUUCACUGAAAAUUUAAAAGCCAAUAAACUGUACAGAUAUCGAGGUAUCGGCAUUCUCGUAACUGUGGAACAAGUUAAAUAUAUGUCUGAUAUGGUCCUUGAGGAAUUACAUUUGGAUGAUAACCGGAUAGAAGUAAUGGAUCCUCUAGUACCCGUCCUUCUGCCACAAACCCUGAAAGUUCUUUCAAUGCGAAAAAACAUGUUUUAUUUUGGUUUGUACCUUCUAACCAUGGGAUCAAUGUCCAACCUGCAGAUUGUAGAUACGUCUUCAUGUCAUUUAUCUUAUGUUCAUCCGUUUUCAGUAUAUGCAGAACUUGCUUCUAUCCUCACUGAUGGAAACCCUCAUAUGACUUAUAGUGACCCCUCACCACCUAGUGAAGGUUGCAUUUCAAAUUACCCUGUCGCCAACUAUAACAAACAUGAUUUUUCUCUUUUUGGACAUGUUUUUUGUUGGUGACACAGCGUGGCCAGGUAAUGUCACUAUCACCUUUCCACCAAAUCUAACACUUGCAAACGUCAGCAACUCAAAACUGAGUUUCACCCUCCCUAGAAUGACAUUUGGUAAGAACAGACUAAAGGUUUUGGAUUUGUCUUAUAAUUUCUUUACAAAGUGGGUUGGACCAAUUAUCGGGUUCCAUCAUCUGGAAAUUAUUGAUGCAUCGCACAAUUAUUGUGAUUUGAUGAACACACAUUUCUUGGAUGAUUUUAUUUCCUUGAGAAUACUGAAUAUAAGCUUCAAUUAUCUUGGCUAUACAUUACAUGAUGAAACAUUUCGUAAACUAUUCAAGCUUGAACACCUGGAUCUAUCAAAUAAUAAACUGAGUACUUUUUCAAGGGACGUUUUUAAGGGCUUAGAAAAUCUUCAGUACUUGAGUGUUGGGUCCAACUAUUUGAAUACAUGGAAUGCCAAAAUUGGGGACCUGGGGAACUUGGAAUUUUUAGAUUUAUCCGAUAAUCUCUUUGAGCAGCUUGAUGUAACCUUUAGAAAUCAGAUUGAUGACAGUGGGAGCAAAGGACUGAAAAUGAAGCUUCAUAAAAACCCAUGGAAAUGUACAUGUGAAACACUGAGCUUCUUGAAGUGGCUAAACAUUAAACGAAGUAGUGUUUUUGAUGUUCAAGAUUUACUCUGUACAGGGUCAAAUGGUGGCAAGAAAAACAUGAGCAACCUACAAGAUAUCAUAAUGGAACUGGAGAAGAGUUGUGCAUCCUACACUGGGGUGGUGAUUGGGAUGCUCAGUCUCAUCAUGCUGGUCCUGACAUUUGCCGUGACAAGCAUCGUGUACAGAAACAGGUGGAAACUGAGGUACCUCUACUACGUUGCCCGAAACCGACACAGAGGCUACCUGCCUGUAGAAGAGGAGGAACAGGAGUUCGAGUUUGAUGCCUUCAUAUCCUACGCUGAUGAGGACCGUGGACUUGUAGUUAGGGAAAUGAGGCAGAGGCUUGAAGAGAUGCAAGGUCUAAAGCUCUGUAUUCAUCACCGAGACUUUCUCGUCGGGGAAGCUAUCGCUGCCAACAUCCUGAACGCCGUGAAAUCCAGCAGGAAGACGGUGAUUGUCCUGUCAAGACACUUCUUGAAGAGCUACUGGUGUAAGUACGAAGUGGAGAUGGCUAAGAUGGAGAGUAUCUACACGGGACGGAACACCCUGCUGGUUGUUGUACUGGAGAACAUCCCUGUGAAGGACCUGACCCCUGACAUUGUGGAGUUGAUGCGUCAAGAUUCCUAUGUAGAGUACACGGAUGAUCAGGAUGGUCAAGAAGUGUUCUGGCAGAAUCUGGAGCGGGCAAUACGUAGUAUGUAAUGUGAUGAUUCAUUGGAGUUACCUCUUUUAAAGUGUACCCAUAUUCCAACAUUUUCUGUUCUUUAGCACACUGUUUUGUCUGCCGAUCUAGAGCAUUUUUAUACUUUUGUAUAUACGAGUACAGCUAUAUUUGUAGCUGUAUGUGUAACAAAUCUCAAAGUUUGUGAGGCAGUGAGCCCGGACAAAAGCUGUUUUCAGUUUUUGAGUUUGUAAAUGAAAUGGGUGCAACUAAAUUUAAUGAGUUUAACUUCACAUCUGAAAAAGGAUGAGCUUACGUCAAGACCUUUGUG